AUGGUCAUGACUCUGUCUCUGGCGCUCGCGUGCCUGGCCUCGCGGCUCGCUGCCGCAGCGACAGUCAACUACGACUUCACUGUCGGCUGGGUCACUGCCAAUCCUGACGGUGCUUUCGACCGCCCCGUCAUUGGUAUCAAUGGAAAAUGGCCCAUUCCCCAGAUUGAGGCCAACAUUGGCGACAACAUUGUGAUCAACGUGCACAACGACUUGGGCAAUCAGUCCACUUCGCUGCACUUUCAUGGGCUGUUCAUGAACGGCACCACGCACAUGGAUGGUCCGGCCCAGGUAUCGCAAUGCCCCAUCCCUCCAGGCUCAUCAUUCCUCUACAACUUCACGAUCACCCAACCGGGCACAUACUGGUAUCACUCACACACCAUGUCCCAGUACCCAGACGGACUCCGCGGCAGUCUCAUCAUCCAUGAUCCGGACAAUUCUUAUGCUGGGGACUACGACGAAGAGAUUGUCUUGACGCUUUCGGAUUGGUACCAUGAGCAGAUGCAGAAUCUCAUCCCGCCGUUCAUGAGCAAGACGAACCCCACCGCUGGCAAGACCUACUUGAUGCGCGUCAUCAAUAUUGGGGCUUUUGCAGGACAAUAUCUCUGGUUUGAGGGGCACAACAUGUCUAUCAUCGAAGUUGAUGGUGUUUACACCCAGCAGGCGACUGCUGAGAUGAUCUACCUGUCCGUCGCCCAGCGCUGCAGCUUCCUUCUCACAACCAAGAACUCCACGGCCGAGAACUUUGCCAUCGUCGGUAGCAUGGACACGACAUUGUUUGACACCUUGCCCGAUGAUCUGAACUGGAAUGUCACAGGUUGGUUGGUGUACAAUGAGAGCAACUCACUUCCGGAGCCGGCAUUGAUCGAUGAGCUCAAUCCUUUUGACGAUAUGACGCUGGUACCCCAUGACGAGUUGGCGCGUUUCGGAGAGCCAGACCAGACCGUUGAGCUCAACGUUAUCAUGGACAACUUGGGCGAUGGUGCCAACUAUGCGUUCUUCAACAACAUCAGUUACAAGGCACCAGUGGUCCCGUCAUUGUAUACUGCACUCACAACCGGUGCUGACGCGGAAAAUGCCGAAGUCUACGGCGACUACACCCACAGCUUUGUUCUGAAGAAGGACCAAAUCGUUCAAAUCGUGGUCAACAACCUGGAUUCCGGUCGCCACCCGUUCCAUCUCCACGGCCAUCACUUCCAGUCUCUGUACCGUGGUGAAGAGGAGAGCGGUACUUUUGCAGACUCAAACAUGACCGAGAGUGACUUCCCCGCCGUGCCUAUGCGCCGGGAUACUCUCGUCCUCUGGCCCGAUGGAAACAUCGUCCUUCGCUUCAAGGCAGACAACCCAGGUAUCUGGCUGUUCCAUUGCCAUAUUGAGUGGCAUGUUACCUCGGGAUUGCUGGCAACCUUUGUUGAGGCACCGCUGGAGAUCCAGAAGUCCCUCACUCUGCCGCAGAACCAUCUCGAUGUUUGUGCAGCUGGAAACGUGCCCGUUGCAGGUAAUGCUGCCGGCAACACCAAGGAUCUUCUGGACCUUAACGGGCAGAACGCGCCUCCCGACCCGCUCCCAGCUGGAUUCACAACCAAGGGAAUUGUCGCGUUUGUUUUCAGCAUUAUCUCAGGCGUUCUGGGCAUCUGCGUGGUUUGCUGGUACGGCAUGGCGAACCACGUCUCAGAGACCAACAACCCCGCCGCUACAAUGUUGAACGUCCAAGAAUCAUCCGGCUCGGCCACAGAGGGCGAGAUUAAGCGACCUGCCGGAUCGACCGAGAACUAG